AUCUCCUCCUCCAGCUCCUCCAGCACUUUUAAGGAGGAUAGGCGUUAAAGAGUUGUCUGGCGUUGGAAAGGUUAAAGUAAUGUUGAGAGUCUCAUCUGGAGAGGGAGGUAGUUUUUUCAAUGCUGAUAAGAGAAAAAAACAAGUGACCUUGAUUGACCCAGCAUCGGCCCAGUCUUCAACAGCUGAAGAUCGUAGACCGACCGUUGCUGCUCCAAAAAUGUUUGCUUUCGAUGCCAUUUUUUCAGAAGAGGAUUCUCAGACGGAAAUCUGCUCGAGCGCUCUCACUGAUGUCAUCCACGCUGUGAUCAAUGGAACAGACGGUUGUCUGUUCUGCUUCGGACAUGCUGGCCUUGGGAAAUCUCAUACGAUGUUGGGAACUCCUGAAGCCGGACACACUUUAGGUGCAAUUCCAUGUGCAAUUGCUUGGCUUUUUCGUGGCAUUUCUGAACAACGACAGAGGACAGGUGCCCGAUUUAGUGUGAGAGUCAGCUGUGUUGAAUUAACUACUGGCCAACAACAAUUAAGGGAUUUACUAGCAGCUCAUGCCAAUGAUUCUGAGCAAUCGCCAGCCGUAUAUUUAAGGGAUGAUCCACUCUUCGGAACUCUGCAACUUCAACAGCACAGCGAACUGCGUGCUCCGACUGCGGAACGAGCAGCUUUUUAUCUUGAUGCUGCAGUUGCUGGUCGUCAACGAGAAGAUGGUGAUGCACACAUGCUUUACACCCUCCACGUGUAUCAGUAUAGUGUCGCCGGAAAGGGAGGAGUUGCUGGAGGGCGGAGCAGACUUCAUCUGAUCGACCUCGGCAACUCAGACCGAGGAAAAUCCUCCGGAGGAAUUCCCCUCUCGGGCCUGGGUAACAUCCUUCUCGCCAUCUUCAACGGCCAGAAGCAUCUGCCCUACAAAGAACACAAGCUGACCCAACUCCUCAAAGAAUGCCUCGGAUCAUUAACGUGUCACGCAGCAAUGAUCGCCCACGUCUCUCCCAAUGCUCAACACUAUAGCGAAACGCUCACAACAGUCCAACUAGCUUCCAGAAUCCACAGGAUGAGGCGGAGGAAAAUCAAGUUCAUCGGGAACAACCCCCAGGGCAAUGGAAGUGGCGGAAGUUCUGGGGAAGAAGCUGCCAGACAAAAUAGUGAGUGUGAUCCUAGUUCUAGCGACCUCUCCGCUGAUACAGUCAUCUACGUGGGGCCAAGUACUGAUGACGCGACUGAUGGCGAACAUCCCCCUGUUUAUAUUCCUAGUCUCAACUCUGGUGAUAAUCGAUGUGCAAUGGGACGAAUUCUUCGAGGCUCUGCUGCAGAGAGACCCAGCAAGAUUCCCGAAGAGCGAAGUCCGGUUCAUAAAGUCACGAAAGCUGUGAAAGCUCUCACUCAAACUGCCUCGAAGCAAACUUCACCUGCUCAUAGUAUCACUCCUAAAGCCAGUCCGGCAAGGAAGAACAAUUCCACGAAGGCAUCUGCUUCCAAAGUAACUGACUCCCCAACUAAUAAAAUGCAGUUAGCUGCUCCAAGUGGAGGUUCCGAUGAACAGUGGAUAGAUGGACCCAGGAUCUCAAAGUCAAAGGUUGCGGAGGCUAGACACUUAUUGAAGGACUCCCAUCACAAAAGAGAGACCUGGAUAGAUGGACCGAUGAAACUGACAGGACCUCUUCAUCAGCAGCAUUCUACAGGGUAUGGAUUCAUGGACAGUCAUAAGAAAAGUAUGAUUAGAAAAUGGGUCGAGAAUCAGUCGUCGCAAAUUCAAAAAAGCAAACAUUCUUCUAGAAGUGAUAAUAAAGCCGGCCAAUCCUCACAGUUUAAGGAGCCGCCGACGUUUAAGACUUGUGAUGAUGAUGAGACUUCUCUAUCGACAAUAGAGAGCGAGAGUUUGAAAGCGAAUGAGAUUGAAGACAUUACAGAGAAGCUUGGGGCUAAAUUAAAUCUUAUGAACGUUAAAUCUAACACUGAUUCUGGGCUGGACUUGACGGCAAGCCCAGUAAUGGAUGAUUGCAUGGAUAGGAAUAAAUUAGACGCUGGGGAGGAUGAAGAUGAUGAUGAGGAGAUUGUCGUUCCGCCACCUUUGCCACUUAUAGAACCACUUAGUAAUGGUGUUAGUAGAGAAGUUUCGAUGGAGAGUUUGAAUCUCUCUCAUAAGGACAUGGUCUUACCGUCCAGGCACUCACUUUCUUCAGAGGAUGAGAUUCUGGAGAUUGUGGAGGUUGAAGAUUUGGAACCUGUGCCAAUGCAGGAUUCUUGUCUCCAAGUUACAGAAGAAGAUAUUGCAUUGUGUAUGGGAGAAAAUCCGCUACCGGAAAGUGAUCAGGAGGAACAUCCGCUGAGGAUACUUAGCCAGGAAAACCUCACGAUUGUCUCAACUUUCACGGACUCUAUGUCGGUGAUGUCGGACAGUGAACGCUACAGACCUCACUAUCAUCCUCCAGCGGGGAUGGGAAUGUUGCCUCGGCCUUAUUUCGACCACGAAGACUUUUUGGAACAGGAAAGUAGGCACAAGUUCGAUCAAUUGGCUCGGCUCCACGAGCUGUACCAAAGUAAACUUGCGCUUGCCAACGUCUCUAAUUCCGCAACUUAUCAGAGGGAAAACUCAUCCUCCGUUAGCAUCCGAGAUGCACCAUCCACGACCUUCCGUCCUCCGUCUCGAUGUCAAUCACUCUCCCUCUCGGAAAUCCUCUUCAACGACAAUGCCAGCAAUCAUGGCAGCACCUUCAGCGAACCUGCCUACAUUGCCGGAAAAACCGAACAAGAAAAAAUCUGCGACAACUGUCGACAGAGCAUGUCCAGACCUGCAACAGCUUCUUACUGGUACCCCAGUAGCGUAGCUCACCUUGCGAGUCCCAGACGGUACUGCGGCAAACUAGGAGAGUGUAACAUUUCUAGUCUGAGACAUCCUGACGGGGCCUCGAAUCCGAAUCUGAAGGAAGAAAUCGAGAGGAUACCUGGGAACGGAGCCUCUGGAUCUGAUCCUGAGGAGGAAUACGUCGAGGCCAAGAAACUUUUCGGGACUGAAAGAUCUGAGAGGACGGUGACGGGGAAGUCCGAUAUUGAAGAAGAUGUUAAACCAACAGCACCAACACCUCUUCAAAUAUCAAUUCCAAGUUCGGUGCCCUCAUCAGGUCGGAUGCAACGAAAGAUUCUGAGUUUGGGUUCUUCUUUCGGCCUCAACAAAGACGGUUACGAUUCUGGUGCCGAUUCCACACCGAGAGCUGCUAAACUCUCUCCAGCAACUCUUUCUAGACACCGAGCUGAAAGUUCGGGGUAUGAUAGCAUCGUCAGAGACAGCGAGACCAGCAGCAUUGCGAGUGACUCUUCCAGGCAAACGAGUGCUCUUCAGGAACAUCAUGGUGGCGCGCUGGGCGUUCUAACCUCGACGUUGUGCGGGUGUUUCAGCGGUGGGACCGCCGGAGGCAGGAUGCGAGCUCCGGGCCCCGGCCCAGGGAAUACCCGCGGGGAUUCUCGUCUACACAGGCGAGGACGUGGCAAUCCUGGACAGACGCGCGCAGUUGCGCUCGGAGCCGCGUGGCACGAUGUCCAAGAUACACAACCUACGUCUGCGCCAGCACCUUCUUAAGGGCGAAUUACGAAACGCCAAGAAGCGCCUCAUGGUGCCAGAAGACCGCUGGAGUUACGAACUGCACGUGGAGAAUAUUAUGGACUGGCGAGAUCCAGCUUUCUUAGAGGCUCUCGAGUCCGAGACCUUUAU